UUUUUGCAGACGUUGAAAUAAACAAUUCGUUCGAAUGAAGGGAAUGAAAAACUUUUGAACAAAUUCAUAGAAAUUACGUGCAGUAGUAGCAUUUAGUUUGCAAAAAUGAAUUGUAAAUCGGUUGAUGAUUUGUCAGUCUUAUCGAGAGAAUCAAUUAUUAGAGAAUACAGUGUCUUGUACGGAAUUUGUAAUGAAUUGAAAGAUUCCGAGCAACGGCAACUCCAAGAAAUUCAUCAGCUACGACGAGAACUACAAACGGCAUUGAGCGAUAAAAAUCAUUUGUCAUCCGAACUGGAAAUAAUCAACUCUGAACAUGCCAAAGACAUCGAAGCGAUUAGCGAAAAACACCGCGAAGAUUUGCAAGAGAGCAAGGACCGGUUGCUGGCAUGUAAAGAUGAGUUGGAACGUGUCGAAAGUGUUCGGGAUGAGCUAGAUGCGAUGGUAGCGGACUUGAAAAGAGGAGGUGGCGAAGAGAAGCAAAUUAUAGCGACUGUUCCAGUCGACAACAAUCAGUCCAUCUACACGGAAAAGAUUACCGAACUUGAAGUGGAAAACGAUGAUUUGGCUGAAGCUGUUGAAAGUCUCAAAGCGGAGUUAACGGAUGCGUUGAAAACGAACCUUCAAUCCGAAAAUAAAAUCGAAGAUUUGAUGGACCGUUUGCGAUGUGCCGAGGAGAAUCUGGAAUCGAAACGGAACGAGCUCGAGGAGAAGAACGAGAUGUACGAAACGGCACAGGAACGGGUCAUCGAAUUGAGCGGUGAAUUGAAUGCCAUUCGGAUGGAGUCAGAUACUGCGGCUAAACGCGGAAAUUCACUGUUCGCUGAGGUGGACGAUCAACGGCAGAAAAUGCGAGCUCUUCUUGUCGCACAAAAGGCCAAUUAUAUCGAGAUGAAAAACGAACUGGAAAAGUGUCAACAGGAAGUGCGUAAGUUGAAGCGUGAAAAUACGGCCAUGUACAAGGAAAUGGAGGUCUGCAGUCACAUUUUCCUGAAUGCCGAGCAACAUCAUACCGAGAAAUUAAACGAACGAAUCACCGAGUUAAUGAAGGAAAACGAGGCUAUCAACAAGAAGCUCACAUUCACCGAGGAGUGUCUCAGUGAAAUGGUCAAGAAAAGUGAUGUCAAAUGGUUGGAUCCAAUGGUAGCUCUGUGCAAGUCUGAAUCGAACGAUUUGAAGGAUAAACUGUACCGAUGCUCUCUGCAAAAAGUUACCAUUGCCGGCCAACUGCGUCAGUGCGAAGAAGAAUCGGCCCGAUGGCGAUUCGAGGCUCUUAAAUCCCGUUGCAUUAUUGCUGACCGAGAAUCGUUGCUGGAAGACAACAGAAUACCGUUCAGUGCUAUCAUGGACAUCGAUCGAAGAGUGCGGAAGAUUGACAAUGAAAAUGUUGCUCCGAAUAUUGGCGGUCGACGGUCCAUGUUAGGAUUUAAGAGAAGAUCGAUAGGAAAAUUGCAAUCACCGCAAACUAAUUCAAAAAUUGCGGUAGAUGUCAAUAACGUUCGUGAUAAAGUGGUUGCGGAUACGAAGCAAACACCGCCGACCGAUGCGAUUCUCAAUUCUGUUGGCCAUAUGAAAGAAGAGAAUGAACUUCAGAAGCCCUUACAAUCGGACAUUAAAUUGUUGCAAACCGACGUUAAAGUUGAGCCUGUGGAUGAACCAGAACAUGAGUUUAAGAAGCCAUUUCUACCGAACGGCAUUCCCACAAGUAGUACUGAAUCAGCUGAGCCAAAUAAAACUGAAAAACAAAAAUUGUUGGUUCCGCAACCGACAGACUAUUCCGGUGUAACAAUGCGCAAGAAAAUGAAUCUGUCCACCGCGACCCCAUCAUCGACUGCAACCAAAAAUUCUUCAGGUACAGUCUUACCGUCGAACCUUCGGCCGAAAAUCAAAUCUCUAACAACUUCUGCAGGGAUAUUGAAGCCGAGCUCCAGUCCGAACAUACCGACGGAUAGGAAAGUGAAAUUCGAUGAUCGUACGUCGACAAUGAAACCGGCCGUCGAUAAGACGUCAGCGGAACGAAAGGAGGAUAAAGUGGAUAAUGUACCGAAGACUGCCAUCAAAAAGAGGAUAUUUAUAGCGUCAAAAAAGCCGGCCAAGUGAUUCGAUUUAGGAAAAUGAUUUUUUUUUUAAUUUGUUUAUUGAGAUUUCGCAUUAUUAAAGAGGACAAUUUUGCACUCUAAA